AUGAACGGCACCGCGCACCUGGACGAAUGGCAGCGGAGGUCCUUGGACAUUUCUUCUGGCAGCUGUACACCUGAACAGAAGGCUGACGCCUACCGGGCUCACAUCCUGUCCAUUCAGUAUGCAUCGGCAAGCUCCCAGCUCUCUCAGGCCGGCGCGGCCGGUCUGCUCAGGACCUACUCGGAGCUGUACGCCGCCGUGCUGGACUCAGACGACCCGCGCAUGGGGCUCAACAACUACGCCGAGAGCGCGCUCCAUCUGGCUCGCAGUCAGAGGAACUACAGCAGCAAAUGGGAGUCGUCCCUGACGGCGGAGAGCGUGCUGCAGAUCCCCUCCGUGCAGAAGAUGAUUCAGGCAAGUGCAGGGAGCGAGGGGCUUAGCGUGGCAGCAGCAGAUGUUGACGUAGCAGUGGGACAGGAGAGUAAAGUGGGCCCCCCUUCUGCUUCCUGUCCCACAGCCAGGUCAGAUGCUGCAUGGCUCAACGCUGUGGACAGAAACCUAACUAAUGUAUCGGCUGAGAGGUCGAGGGUCUUUGAUGGGGGCUCGGGGAAUCUGAGCUCUGUCUGUCGACCUCCGGUUCGAACGCAGUCCGUGUUCAGCCAUUUUUCUUCAUCGUCACCACAAGUGAACCCUGUUCCUGCAGGACCAAACCUUCAGCCCUCCUUCCCCUCCUCCAUCCCGGCUAAACGGAAGAACUUCUACUGCCAGGAUGGAGGGGGCAGUGGUGGGGGCCAACCCAGAGGUCGAGGGGGCGCUGAACCUGGACUCAACUUCAGAACGGCUCGAGAACAGUUCAUCGUCGACCAGCAGAAGAACCAUUCCUGCCAGCCCUCGAGAGCUCAGCCGCUCUCUGCGGCAGCGUCCGUGAAGAAAUCUCUGGGGGCCAACCGGCCUCGAGGGGCCUUUUCUAAAUUUGUGUCGCCCAUCGCUCGGCAGGAGGAGGAAGAUGGCGCCGCGGGCCAACAGUCCAGACCUGAAGUUCUGGACGAGCGCUUGAAGAAUUUUGAGCCGAAGAUCAUUGAGCUGAUCAUGAGUGAGAUCAUGGACCACGGGCCCCCGGUGGUCUGGGAGGACAUCGCAGGCCUGGAGUUCGCCAAGACCACCAUCAAGGAGAUUGUUGUUUGGCCCAUGCUGAGACCAGAUAUCUUUACUGGUCUCCGUGGACCGCCCAAGGGCAUCCUGUUGUUUGGACCUCCAGGGACUGGGAAAACGCUGAUUGGGAAAUGUAUCGCCUGCCAGUCGGGUGCGACGUUCUUCAGCAUCAGCGCUUCGUCGCUCACGUCCAAGUGGGUGGGCGAAGGAGAGAAAAUGGUGCGAGCCCUGUUCGCCAUCGCUCGCUGCCAUCAGCCUGCGGUGAUUUUCAUCGAUGAAAUCGACUCCUUGCUGUCCCAGAGGACGGACGGCGAGCACGACUCGUCGCGCAGGAUAAAGACCGAGUUCCUGGUUCAGUUGGACGGCGCGGCCACGGCGGCAGAGGACCGUAUCCUGGUGGUCGGGGCCACCAACCGCCCCCAGGAGAUCGACGAGGCCGCCCGCCGGCGCCUGGCGAAGCGGCUCUACAUCCCCCUGCCCGAAGCAGCCGCCCGGCGGCAGAUCGUCUCCAACCUGAUGGUCCGAGAGAAACACCAGCUGACGGAGGAGGAGCUGGACAGCGUGGUGACCGCCUCGGACGGGUUCUCCGGGGCCGACAUGACCCAGCUCUGCAGAGAGGCGGCCCUGGGGCCCAUUCGCAGCAUCCAGCUGUGCGACAUCGCCACAAUCACCGCAGAUCAGGUCCGACCGAUUCUCUACGGUGACUUCCAGGAGGCUCUGAAGACGGUUCGACCCAGCGUCUCAACCCGAGACCUGGACCUGUACGAGGACUGGAACAAGACUUUUGGAUGUGGGCGUUAAAGUUUCUCUCGACGGUUCUCGGUUACCUCGACCUCAUUCACACAGAGGAACCGUUAGA